UCCUGUGUUGACAGCCGCCGGAGACGCUCACAGCCGGAGGGAGCCGACUGGCGAAGGCACCGCGAGGGGCGCUGGGUUUCUGCCCCGGGUGCUCGGCAUGGCCUUUAUGGAGAAGCCGCCGGCUGGGAAAGUGCUGCUGGACGAUACGGUGCCGCUGACAGCCGUCAUCGAGGCGAGCCAGAGCCUGCAUUCGCACACGGAAUAUAUUAUUCGUGUACAAAGAGGGAUUUCAAUGGAAAACAGCUGGCAGAUUAUACGAAGAUACAGUGAUUUUGAUUUGCUGAAUAACACUUUGCAGAUUUCUGCUCUUAGCCUACCUCUUCCUCCCAAAAAAUUGAUUGGAAAUAUGGACCGUGAAUUCAUUGCUGAAAGACAGAAGGGCCUUCAGAACUAUCUCAAUGUGAUUACUUCGAAUCAUAUCCUAUCCAACUGUGAACUAGUAAAGAAAUUUUUGGAUCCAAACAGCUAUUCUAUUAAUUACACUGAAAUUGCCUUACAGCAUGUUUCAAUGUUUUUUCGGUCGGAACCAAAGUGGGAAGUGGUAGAACCGUUAAAAGAUAUUGGCUGGAGGAUACGAAAGAAGUAUUUCUUAAUGAAGAUUAAGAAUCAACCAAAGGAGCGACUAGUGCUAAGUUGGGCUGACCUGGGUCCAGAUAAAUAUUUAUCUGACAGAGAUCUUCAAUGUGCUGUCAAGUUUCUUUCUUCCUGUUCGCAUCCUUAUAUUUACAAAGUCAUUUUUGCCACAGCCAGUGAAUCUUCUGCACUAGUAAUUAGACACUUCAGUGAAAAAGGAACUCUAAAAGACCUUAUUUAUAAG